UCUAUAUUCGUUGGUUAUAUUGAAUUCAUAAAUAAAUAUCUACAAACAUGGCUGAUGAAGAGAUGGAAAAAUUUGAAAUCUCUAAGUACGAUUUAGAAAAUGAAUUCAACCUUACUCGUCCUCGACGGAAACGAACGAAAGAACAAGAGAUGCUGGGUAUAUGGGCCCAGGAUAGUGACGAAGAAGAUGCAAGGCCGUCUUUUAGUAGAGCGCCAAAAAACUACUCUGCACCUGUUAACUUUGUAGCCGGAGGUAUCCAACAAGCUGGAAAGAAAAAAGAAAAAAAAGAAGAUGAGGAGGAGGAAGAGGAUGAGGAUGAUGAUGAUGAUGAUAACGCUCACAUGAGAAUAAGAAAUAGUUCUAGUGAGUCAGAAAAAGAAGAAGCACCAAGGAGUCGUGCCACCUCUAAAAGCGCUUUCAGUUUUCUGAGCAAUGACAUUGCUGGCUUGAGGAAAAAACCGAGCACUGUGAAUCCGGAAAUAAUGAAAACAGGAAUCGGCACUUGGGAGGCUCACACUAAAGGAAUAGGUGCAAAAAUACUCAUGCAAAUGGGGUUUGAACCUGGCAAAGGUUUAGGAAAACAAUUACAAGGUAUAAGUGUACCAGUGGAAGCGCGUUUGCGAAAGGGUAGAGGUGCCAUUGGCGCUUAUGGUCCCGAAAGCAAACCUAAGCUUGCAGAAACAAAGUUGAAGAUUGAAGACAAUGAAUCCAAGAAGGGUAAACAGCCUAGGGUCUCACAAUGGAGAAAAGUUGACAAAAACGAUAAGAAAAAGUCUGGCUAUGUUUAUCCGAGUGUUGAUGAAGUUUUGGAGGAUGGCAAGUUCAGACGAAACAAGCAUAUUCCAUUAAUAAACACCGAUAUUGUAAAAUGUAAGGUGACUGAUAUGACGACGCCCGAGCAGCGCGUAUUCAGUAGUUAUCACGCAUUAGGGAAGCGACAGGUGCCACCUGACAGUAAUUUUUCUGCAACUGCGGAUAAACAAACGACGAAAGUCAACUUUGCUUUACCAGAAUUGCAACAUAAUUUAGACACUAUAGUAGAGAUGUGUGAACAGGACAUUAUUCAAAAUGACAAAAAGAUUAAGUACUUUGGGGACAGGGUGAUUACCCUCGAGGCUGAAAAGAAAACUUUAGCCAAAGUCGUGGACCAGCAUGCUCAGUUGAUUGGAACGUUAGAAAAUGUUUUAGCCAUGGUUAACAAAUUAUUAGACAGAAACGACGAAAUGAGUUUAAGAGAGACAGCCGAGGCUUUUAAAAUCUUACAAGACAGGCAUUUCGAUGAAUACAAAAUGUACGAUUUAGGUGAAUUAGCUAGCAGUCUUAUCAUUCCAAAAAUAAAAGAGCACCUCGCUAGCUGGGCUCCCUUAACUAAUCCAAAACUACCAUUAUCGUUAUUCAAAGAGUGGAAAGACAUUUUAGAAUUCGGUAUACUGCAUCAUCAUACAAAAGCUAUGAGUCCAUAUGAUCAGCUCGUCUGGAAUGCAUGGAUGCCAUCAGUUCGUGCUGCAGUGCAAAAUUGGGUAUGCAGACAGCCAGAGAAUCUCGUUGAUUUGUUGGAACUAUGGUUGCCUCUACUUCCUUCUUGGAUUCUAGACAACCUUUUGGACAUGAUAAUCCUUCCGAAAUUAACUUUAGAAGUAGAGGACUGGAAUCCUUUAACAGAUACCAUACCUAUCCACACGUGGAUUCAUCCUUGGUUGCCAUUAAUGAAAAAUCGAAUGGACACCUUAAUAUAUCCAAUAAUCAGGCGAAAGCUCGGCUCUGCUCUCUGCGCCUGGCAUCCAUCAGAUCGCUCGGCCAGACUGAUGCUGCAGCCGUGGUCGCAAGUCUUUGCGAAAGGAGAUAUGGAUGCCUUCUUGGUCAAAAAUAUCAUACCAAAGUUGCAAAUUGCCCUGUCCGAAUUCAUCAUAAAUCCACAUCAACAGCAUCUAGAUCAAUGGUAUUGGGUUUACGAUUGGAAAGACAUGAUUCCCAAUUACACAAUGGCAGCAUUGUUGGACAAAUUUUUCUUCCCAAAAUGGUUGCAAGUCUUGGGACUCUGGUUAAAUCAUACCCCGGAUUACGAAGAAGUAACUCAUUGGUACACAGGAUGGAAGAACAUGUUGAAUGAAAAAUUACUGGCAGAACCAACAAUCAAAGAGCAUUUUAGAAAAGCCUUGGAAAUGAUGAACAGAGCAGUUUCAAUUCCUCAAGGAGGACUUCAGCCGGGUUCGGUGGAGCAGGUAUCUUACUUAACGACCCUCGAACGCAGUCAAACGCAGAUGGCUCAAAUGUCACAGCCAAGAAUGGAGAGACUAGCGGAAGCCGUCAGAACGGCAUCUCAAAUGCCACAGGGCUUCAAAGACUUGGUACAGAGAAGAUGCGAGGAAAGGGGCAUUUUAUUCAUGCCCCUCGCCAAUAGAUACCGCGACGCAAAGCAAAUUUACAAAAUCGGCAAUCUUCAAGCUUAUAUAGACAGUGACAUAUUGUUUGUCUGUCACAAUGGCGCGAACUGGAUGCCAAUGAAUCUCAAUACUUUGUUGGACACGGCCGAAAUAAGUUGAAGCUAUUAGUAUUUCUAGCAAGUUGUAAUAUAAAAUUUCUGUUCGUCACGGACAUUGUAUAUUUGUACAAUUAUAAACAUGUAUAUUUAAUAUAAUUUUAAAAUUAUGCGGUAUCACUUGAUGUGACAUU